CGUGGGAAAUAACCCACAAAAAUUCCCCAGCUACAUCGAAAAGCCUCUCGUCUCACAAAGCACUUCAAUCAAGUACAGCUCUGCACUGCGGUUCGAGCACUUCGACUUUCCUUUCUUCCGGAUACAAGUCGACAUCCUAGCCAGGAGGAGUAGAAGGCUAGGAAAAAGGGCCAUCUGAGUCCAUCUGCGUUAACACGUCCUAGCGUCGCCAUGGACUAUGAGAAGCUGCGCGCAGAGCACGUUGCCCUUACUCACAAUGGCGCCGCGGAGAAAGCCCCAAGCCACCAGGGUACCUGCCACCAUGGAUAACGCCUCGAUGCCUGUGGUUCCUGCCCCUAUCCCUGCUCCGGGGCCAGCUGCACCUGCUGCCGCUCCCCGGGUCCCCUUUCACUGCAGCGAAUGUGGCAAGAGCUUCCGGUACCGCUCAGACCUGCGGCGCCACUUUGCCCGACACACAGCACUCAAGCCCCAUGCCUGUCCGCGAUGUGGCAAGGGCUUCAAGCACAGCUUCAACUUGGCCAACCACCUACGCUCACACACUGGGGAGCGACCCUACCGAUGUUCUGCCUGCCCCAAGGGAUUCCGGGACUCUACUGGCCUGCUGCACCACCAGGUUGUGCACACUGGUGAGAAGCCCUACUGCUGCCUGGUCUGCGAGCUUCGUUUCUCCUCCCGCUCCAGCCUGGGCCGCCACCUCAAGCGCCAGCACCGGGGCGUGCUCCCGUCUCCGCUACAGCCGAGCCCGGGGCUGCCUCCCUUGAGUGCCCCCUGCUCUGUCUGCUGCAACGUGGGGCCCUGCUCGGUGUGCGGAGGCGCGGGGGCCGGUGGCGCAGAGGGCCUGGAGGGGGCAAGUGCCGCCAGCUGGGGGCUGGCAGAGGCGGCAGCUGCAGCCGCGGCCUCACUGCCCCCUUUUGCAUGUGGCGCCUGUGCCCGGCGCUUCGACCACGGCCGGGAGCUGGCAGCCCACUGGGCAGCACACACCGACGUGAAGCCUUUCAAAUGUCCACGCUGCGAGCGCGACUUCAAUGCGCCGGCCCUGCUGGAGCGCCACAAGCUCACGCACGACCUGCAGGGGAGCACGGCGCCCCCCACUCAGGUCUGGGCAGCUGGUGGGGAUCCGGAGGUGGCGGGUGAGAGUGACACCGUGGAGGUGGGGGAUGCUCCACCAGCUUGGGACGAUGGUUUGCUCCUGAGCCCCGCGGGGGGCAGCAUGCCCAAGUUGGAGGCGCUGCUUCCCGAGGCGGUGGGGGAGACCCCGGCUCCCGCAGCUGUGCCCGAGGCAUCCUCGGAAGACACGCUGUACCAGUGCGACUGCGGGACCUUCUUCGCAUCAGCGCCGGCCUUGGCCAGCCACCUGGAAGCGCACUCGGGCCCGGCCACCUAUGGUUGCGGCCACUGUGGAGCGCUGUAUGCAGCGCUGGCUGCUCUGGAGGAGCAUCGACGGAUCAGCCACGGUGAGGGCAGCGGGCAGGAGUCCUCUGCUGUGGCCCCUGAAGGGGAGAGGGCAUCGGGGGAGCCUGUGCCUGGCUCCUCCAGCCGUGGCAAGAAGAUCUUCGGCUGCUCCGAGUGCGAGAAGCUGUUCCGCUCGCCCCGAGACCUGGAACGGCAUGUGCUGGUCCACACCGGGGAGAAGCCCUUCCCGUGCCUGGAGUGCGGCAAGUUUUUCCGCCACGAGUGCUACCUCAAGCGCCACCGGCUGCUGCACGGCACGGAGCGGCCCUUCCCCUGCCACAUCUGUGGCAAGGGCUUCAUAACGCUCAGCAACCUCUCCAGGCACCUAAAGCUACAUAGGGGCAUGGAUUGAAUAACCAGGUCGCCCAGGUCCCCCAAGUCCAGAGCCAGACCCUGAGAUGAGAGGCCCCACUUGCACAGACUGUGCCACCCAGAACCCACGUAGGACUACUACUAAACAGAUCCCUCAGCAGAGGGGUCUAAGAACUGAGUUGUUUGGGCCUGAAAUCUAUAGAGAGACUUCUGAUCUUGAGACCCCCAGAAUGUGGGCACCCCGGAAUCAACUGGCCUUCAAGACUUGGGGACUUAGGAAUGAGAAACGGGUCUCCACACGUACCUCUCCUCAACACAUGGGCACCCCCACCAGCCUACUGCCCCACUUCCUGAGAGCCAUCAUUCCUGAUGAACUUCAUCUGGGGAAUGGGAGGAGCAGUAUCCUGGACUCUUCCAGGGUCCUCUCCAAAUGACCCUGACCACCCACUGGUGGCCCCGGAAAAUGGUUAUAGCCAGAAUCUGCCUUUCCCCUGUUUUACUUCCUGUGAUGAAAGAGGACCAGGAUAGAUGCCCCCUACCUUCAAUUCCCUCACUCACUGAUUAGGUCUCCCUUACUGCAGAAUGGACUGACUAACCCUAUCUUCCCCACAUCUGAACACUAGAAUAGACUGAUCCAAAGUCUCCCAGCCCAGUAGGAUGGACUGAUCCAGAUGCACAUAGCUCUGUCCACUUGGGAAAGGCUGGUGCAGGCUGUGGCAUGGCCCCACCCUCCUUAGAGUAAUAGGGCAGACAAUCCCUUAUGCUGUAGAGCGUGGUCUGGUCCUCUGCCAUUUCCCCAUCCUGGGACCCCGUGGAGGUGGUGGACAUUGGGGUUUCCCUCCCCCUCUACUGUAGUAGCUAUCUGUUUCCAUCUGUCAACUUGUCUGUUUCUGUGUUCCUCCCAACCCCAAGGGGAAGGGGGGAACUUGGCUAGGGGGUCCUCCCCUGUGAGCCUCAACCUCACCCCCUCAUCCCACUCCCAAUGUUUCCAGGACUCCAAUAAACCUCAUCCUGUCAGUUA